AUGUCGAGAAAAGCCCUCCCACGUCCGCGGGAUGCGUGUCAACCUGUUGACCUUGAAGUCCUUGGGGAGCGGGAAGGCUAUGUGCUCAAUCAGUCCCUUGCGCAGCAACAGAACCUAAAAACCACUCAGGAUGGGAAGACAGUGCUGAUUCCACAGCCGAGUGAUUCCCCGAAUGAUCCCCUAAACUGGCCCUCAUUCCGAAAACAUGUGGUUCUUUUGGUGAUUUCAGCUACUGCCUUCCUGCCAGAUUAUGGCAGUGCAACGGGUGCUGUCACUCUUAUACCUCAGGCUGCUGCUUGGGGAAUGACUGAAAACCACGUCAACCACUCCCAGGUUGGGAACAUUUUUAUGUUAGGGGCUGCGGGUCUCUUAGUUGUAUCCCUCUCUGCAUACUUCGGGCGCUACCCUGUGCUUUUCUGGUUUGUUGUGCUUGCUCUGGCGACUGCCAUCUGGUGUGCUGCCGCUCAAUCAUUCGAAUCGUUUAUGGCCGCUCGUAUAUUAAAUGGCUUCUUCUCCACGGUGGCCCAAGGGGGCGGACUCAUGUUCAUUAAAGAUAUGUUCUUCUUUCACGAACAGGCCCGCAAAAUCAAUAUCUGGUCCGGCUUCAUUGUGCUCUCGCCUUAUAUGGGCCCACUAUUUGCAGCAUUUAUCGUCAACACCCAAAUCUGGCAGUGGGCCUUUGGUGUUUAUAGUAUUGAGACAGGUCUGUGUUUGAUCGCAAUCAUCCUCCUGGUGGACGAAACCUACUAUGAUCGAAAAAACCACGAGUUCGAGUUGGUGCCUAAUGCCCCUCGCUGGAAGCGUAUGCUGGGUAUACAGCAGCGACAGACAAAAUACAUCAAGAACACAGUACUCGAUGCCGCGAUGCGACCUAUAACAGUCAUUUUAAAGCCAGUGGUAUUUUGGGCUACGCUAUACUAUCUCCUCACCUUUGCCUGGGUGGUCGGCAUCAACACCACUCUUUCUAUCUUCCUAACCCCCCUAUAUGGAUUUGGUCCAAAACAGAUCGGCUUCUUCUACUUUACUCCGGUAGUCGCUGCGGCCCUGGGGGAGAUAGCCGGUCAUUGGCUCCACGAUAUGAUCGCAGCUAAUGCCGCACGCCGUAACAAUGGCCAUCUCGAGCCCGAAGCCCGGCUAAUCGCUACCUGGUUCGCAACGCCGUUCAUGGUCGCAGGCUUGAUUCUGCUUGGAUUUGCCCUGGAGGACGGAUACCACUAUAUGCUUACCUCUCUGGGAUGGGGGUUGUACGUAUUUGGCAUCAUGAUUGUCACAGUUGCAGUCAAUUCUUAUGUUCUAGACAGCUACCCAGAAGCCAGUGGCGAGGUUGCAGCUUGGAUUAACUUUGGUCGGACGGCAGGGGGAUUCAUCGUCAGUUACUUCAUGGUUGAGUGGGACAAUAAACAAGGUGCGAAGAGGCAGUUUGGAACGAUGACGGGGAUUCUCAUCUUUGCAUUCCUGACGGUUCUUCUAUUGGGCCGUGUUGGGAAAGGGUUAAGAAGAUGGGCUGGACCCGUCAAUUUUAAGACUGCAUGAGUUGGAUACAUGGUGGGUUGAGCUCGAGAGCUGAGUACUGUUUAAGGGCCAGGGGUCAUGUUCCGGAUUCAUGGAGAAUAAAUGGAUUCCGCAAGUCCUUCAAAGAUGGAAAAAGAGUGGCAUCGAUCAUCAUGAAGCUAUACGCUUACCACUACCUUUUUGCUCUCCUCAGAUGGGUCGAUAAUCUGGACUUGAAGAACGCUAAAGCUACUAUAGCAUCAAAGGUGCACUAUUUGCUAUCCCCUUAUACAUCCAUCUCCUAUCACCCACACAACGGUUUCAACCCAAGGCUUGCAUAAAUCUCCUCCUCUACCUCAUGGUAGAGUCUAGUAACUUCAAAGU